CCUUGAUUGUGGAAUAGCAAUGCACACUCAGAUAACGUGAAGAGAAUAGUGUUUGCUUCUAGCAUUCAUCACUUCAACAGUCUACAAAUGCGGCAUCUCUGAGCCUCAAUGUCCCUCGUUCCAUACUCCUCUCGCGAUAGCCGUGAGAUUGUUCUUCAACAUGACGACGCCAUUGUUGUGCGCGAUCCCCAGACGCGCCAGCUGAAUCUCCGCGGCGCUUCUGCUGCCCCAAAGCUGUCAGAAUGUCCCUACUGCCAUCAAUCCAUCCACAGCGCCUCUACCGACGAAGGUCACCCACUCUCCGGUGCCCCAAACCACGGACAGAGCUUCGUCAACCCCGAAUACUUUCGCAUGCUGCAAAUUGCCUCUGGGCCAGGGAGCGAAGAUGAGAGAGAACCACCGAGCAGCCCGAUACGACGGCUUACAGAGCCGGUCCUUAGGAGCGAGCCUUAUCAAGCUCCCAGUGCUGGUGGGCAUAGGGCUGAUACCGAGGGGGUUGAAGAAUCGGACGACGCAGAGUUUGUGACUAGUGCGCCGGCAGGCCAGAGUGGACGAGAAGCGCUAGGGAUAAAGAGGGACGCAUUCAGUCCCAGUUACUUCCAGAAGUUUUUUACUGUGGAGAGCGAGUUGGGAAGGGGUGGCAAGGGAGUUGUCUUACUGGUAAGACACGAGCUUGAUGGUGUGUUCCUGGGCCACUUUGCUUGCAAAAGGGUUCCCGUUGGGGACGAUCACGAGUGGCUGGAAAAGGUGCUCAUUGAGGUCCAGCUCUUGCAACAGCUAUCGCAUCCCAACCUCGUCUCUUACCGUCACGUCUGGCUCGAAGAUUUCAAGCUGAAUCGCUUCGGGCCAUCGGUGCCAUGCGCAUUUAUUUUGCAGCAGUACUGCAAUGCGGGUGAUCUACUCCAUUACGUGAUUGGUAAAGGCGGGUCUGCGACAAGCACCAACGAGGAACUCAAGGCACAGAUGAGGAGGAGAUCGAAGGGGCAGUUGGAUCGGCCGCAAGGGCUAAAGUCGCCUCAGAAGAAACUGGCGUUUGACGAGAUCUAUUCUUUUUUCAAGGACAUCACAUCGGGGCUCGCGCACUUGCAUGCAUCGAACUACAUCCACCGGGAUCUGAAGCCCAGCAACUGCUUGUUACAUCGAGGCGAAAAGGACCUUCGGUGCCUCAUCAGCGAUUUUGGCGAAGUACAAGCCGAGAACGUAUAUAGGAAGUCAACAGGGGCAACUGGGACGAUAUCUUACUGUGCUCCUGAAGUUCUGCGGCAAGAUGCAUCGGGUCGAUAUGGGAACUUCACGGCGAAGAGUGACAUCUUCUCCCUUGGCAUGAUCCUCUACUUCAUGUGCUUUGGGCGACUGCCAUAUCUCAGCGCCGAGAACAUCCAGGAAGAAUUUGAGGACCUGGAUCAGCUUCGCGCGGAAAUCAGCUCGUGGCAGGGCUUCCGGGAUGAACGGCAGGAGCGCCCGGAUCUCCCAGACCAGCUAUAUACCUUCUUGAAGCGACUUCUCAGUCUCAACCCUGCCGACAGGCCGAGCGCAACCGAUAUAUUGCAAGCCAUCAGCUCCGGUUCAGGUUUGGAGGGGGCAGCGAGCUUGUCCAGGUCGAAAAAUAACCUGAAUGUCGGCAAGAGGAUACAACCGGUUGAUUCUCCGGCCGCAGGGGCAAAAUCCAGUAACGGCACCAGGUCAGUCUCGGCAGCAUAUAUUGAAGAUGAAGACGGGGAGAGGGUUCAUGCGCUGCGGAAAACAUUGUCGAAUCACCUUGAUUCGCAGCCCGAGGUGACGACGCCGCUACUAAUGCCUCCACCAUCUGGUCGCAUUGGCAGGUUCAACCAACAUAUUGCACUGGCUUCGCACAGUGCAAGAUCUUGGAUGCAGUCUAACGGGCGGCUGCUGACAUAUGUGGCCAAGUUCACCAUCUUCCUCUUCAAAGCAUACACGCUCACAAAGCCAUGUCUGCCAUGGGCGAGCAAUCCGCUCGUCUCAGCACCCCUACUCAUGCUCGCUGCUAUGGACCUGGUCCUUGUAGGCAGGAUAGAGAGACUUAUGACGACGCUACUACUACUGGCCCAUGUCGUGGCAUUGCUGGUUGCUAGCCGAUAUGGGAGCUUGUGCGCGUCAGGCAGGGAUAUGUGCGAGUGGGAAGCGGCUGUGAGCAGGCGAGAUCUCUAAGGGGGGACAGGUGUGAUUUUCAAAAGCAAGCGGUGGCUUUGGCGUGUCUAUUCGGUGUGAGUUUGUUAUUGGAAGGAGUUUGAAAGGCGGACGGGGUGGUGGUUUCAGGGAAAAUAUCUGCAUGUAGGCUCUGGUGAAUGGAGUGAAUAUUAAUGAUUGCAACUCAUGUGAGCGCUUGUAGCUUAUGAUUGAAUCACACCACGUUGAACA